UUUUUUUGGAUUUAAUGAACUUAGGGAAUUGAAAAUUAAUGUUGAAUUGCCGAUUUACCCACCUUUCUGCCGGUGUUUUUGAAGGUUUACCUAAACUUCGUUCUCUUUCAAUAAUUGGAGCUAAAUCAUUACAAAGACUUGAAGAAUAUUUCUUUCGUAGCCUAACAAAAUUGGAAAGUUUAAUUUUAUCAGAUUCUGGAUUACGUGAAUUCCCCCUUGAUGGAAUUUGUUCUUUACAGAAAUUACAGGUGCUGGAUUUAUCAAAAAACUUGUUAACUUCUAUUCGUUUGGGUAUUUUCCUUCCUCGCCCUGUUCACCAUCCUUGUCAAUUAAUUAAUUUAAUUGUUUUAAAUAUUGCCGAAAAUUCAAUUCAAAUAAUUUCUGAACAAGAUUUACUUCCUUUUCCUGCUUUACGAUUAUUGAAUUUAUUCAAUAAUAAAUUGAUUGAGAUAGAAUCGGAUGCCUUUCAAUCAGGCCAAGUCCCUCAACUUCAAACUUUGGACCUUUCCUCCAACCAAUUAAAUAAUUUACCUAAAAGGUUGCCUGAAGGACUUUUACACGUUGAUAUGUCCAAUAAUCGUUUUCAAUUAAUACCUGAAUCUAUUGUUGAAUUGUCUGGAUUGGUUGGGUUAAAUUUAAGUGGGAAUAAUUUUAAUGAUGAAAUUGAUAAAAUUACUUUGAAAAGCUCUAAAUUAGAACAAUUAGACAUUUCAUGGAAUAAACUCCAUAAUUUACCUAUUCAAUUCCUCUCACAAUCAACAAAUUCUCUUACAACACUUAAAUUGUCAGGAAAUUUAAUUGAAAAGCUUUAUUCUAAUCAAAUGCAAAAUUUUACUUCUUUAAAGGAGGCAAGUUUAUUUAAUUUCGGCGCAAGACAGUUAUGGCGCGCGUCUGUAAAUAACAAUUCAUAUUGGUCCUAUUGUUAUGAAAUUUUGUUUAAAUAUUUUCCUAAGAGUUUUCUAUCAAUUCUGAAAAUUUUAAAUUUUUUAGUUUAA